AUGUUGCUCAUCCUCGUUCUCCAGACGCUGACUCUACAUUUGGGAGAGUGUCGGGUGUUGGACAGCCUACUGCGCUACACCUCCAUGCCCACCUACCUCCCUGUCAACUAUCAACUCCUAAAUGCUGAGCAGGCGUUCUUCCUGAAGGAAGCCAACCAGGAUUUCAUGAGAAACUCCAGCCUCAUGUCCCGCACUGAGUCGUUCUUCAUAUACCAGGCCAGAGGUUUGCCUUCAGUCAAUGCCAGUUACGGCCCUCUCUCUGUGGUCCAGCCCAUUCCUUUAGAUCUGCUGCAGACUCCUGGAACUUUCCCUGCCUCCUCCCUAUUCACAUUCAACUGGAAGCUUAAAGGGGAGUUGGGCCUGUGUGUGGCUGAGCUGGAGCCUCUUGCUAGUUGGUUUAGUCCCCCCAGUGUUGUGCCAGGACGCCAGAAAAACCUUGAGGUUUCUGAAGGCACCCCAGUGGAGCUCUACUACACUCUGCAGUCAGUAGAGAGCGGGGAAUGCCACUCAGAGGAUGCCAGGAAGGACAGUUUUAUCCGUUCGAGCCAAGAAGGGAUGUUUGGAUCAUACACCUCGACGCCCCUGAAGAGGAUCGGCGGGUUGAGGCUGUACCAGAACCCGGUGCCCCCGCCCCUAACUGAGCACAGGCUGGAUCAUAACUUUGUUGUGCAGGUGCCGGCUGCACCCAUUAAACAGAGGGAGACAGUCUCAGCCUUUAUCAGCGUGACCCCGUACUCAUCUGUAGAGAUGUUCACACUCAGGUAA